AGACAACUGUCAGAUGCUCGACAGAGAAACAAGCAAGCCACACAGCAAAGUGGACCUCUGGACUUAUUAGCUAGCUAAGCAACUCAACGGCACAACUUCAGUUUGGAGACUGGUGCACAGCGAUUGACAUCAGCGUAAUUUGGCACUAAAAGUGCAAAACCAAAAUAUAGCUAACGAGAAAAGCUGAUUCUUAAAGCCAUCAAGCGCGUUAGCUUUGAUUUGUGGCGCAGCUCUCCUGCAGAACCCUAGUUGGUAGCUAGCUCUAAUCUAGUUAGUCAAAACUUGCAGUUCUGUGGUUUGCUAGUUAACGUCAGCUAGCUGAGAAGGGAGAGGUUUGCAGAAAGAAGUGCUCCAGGGCUAUGACUGCGGAAGAGGUGACCAACGAAGGACAGAACAUCCCAUUACCAAUGGAGGGAGAGGAUAUCACGCAGAAGAAAGAUGGAGGGGUUUUAAAGUUGGUGAAGCAAGAGGGCACAGGGACAGAGCUGCCUAUGACUGGGGAUAAGGUGUUUGUUCACUAUGUUGGCACGCUGCUGGAUGGAACCCCAUUUGACUCCAGUCGCGAACGAGGAGAGAAGUUCUCCUUUGAGCUGGGCAAAGGUCAGGUAAUCAAGGCGUGGGACCUGGGAGUGGCUACUAUGAAAGUAGGAGAGAUUAGCCAGCUGAUCUGUAAACCAGAGUACGCCUAUGGCACCGCCGGCAGCCCCCCGAAGAUACCCCCCAAUGCUACUCUUGUCUUCCAGGUGGAGCUGUUUGAGUUUCGAGGGGAGGACAUCACUGAGGGAGAGGAUGGAGGAAUUAUCCGUCGCAUCAUCACUAAGGGAGCAGGAUACUCCAAACCUAAUGAAGGAGCUGCCGUAGAAGUGUGCGUGGAGGGCAGCUGUGAGGGCAAGGUCUUUGACCAGAGGGAGCUGAAGUUUGAGUUGGGAGAUGGAAAGAGUCUGGGUCUGCCAAGUGGGGUGGAGAAAGCCCUGACCGCCAUGGAACAGGGAGAGGAGUCACUCUUCAUCAUCAAACCCAAGUAUGGCUAUGGAAACAUAGGAAGCAGCAAGUACAGUAUUCCUGGUGGAGCCACUCUGCAGUACAAACUCAAACUGACCACCUUCGAGAAGGCUAAGGAAUCCUGGGAGAUGAACUCAGCAGAGAAACUGGAGCAGAGCGUCAUCAUUAAGGAGAAAGGAACACAGUACUUCAAGGAAGGGAAGCAUCGCCAAGCGUCUGUCCAGUAUAAGAGGAUUGUGUCAUGGCUGGAGAAUGAAUCAAGUUUGCCUGAGGGGGAGGACCAGAAAGCUAAAGCCCUGCGAUUGGCUGCUCACCUCAACCUGGCCAUGUGCUUCAUCAAGCUUCAGGAACCAAGCUCUGCCUUCGACAACUGUGACAAGGCCCUGGAGCUAGACGAAUCCAAUGAAAAGGCUCUAUUCCGGAGGGGGGAGGCGCUGUUUGCCAUGAAGGAGUUUGAUAGGGCGAGAGCAGACUUCCAGCGCGUCACCCAGCUUUAUCCUAGCAACAAGGCCGCCAAGAGCCAGGUGGCUCUGUGCCAGAAACAGAUUAAGGAGCAGCAUGAGAAGGACAAGAGGCUCUACGCCAACAUGUUCCAGAAGUUCGCAGAGAGAGACGCCAAGAAGGACGCUGACAAGGGGACGGAGAACGUAGGUGGGAUGGAUGUAGAGGAGAGUGGAGGACAGGAGUAAUGACUACUGGAGAAAGAUGUCAGACUGUGUCAUGAAGACUUUUAAAACUUCAGACAUUCGUGUUUAUAAAGAGAGAAUGUGUUUGUGAUAAGUGUGUGUGUGUCCAUGGCUCAACUGUAUCCCCUGUGUGAGUGUGUGUGUGUGUGUGUGUGUCUGCGUGCUAUCGUCAUGGCAGCUAGCUGGCUGGGUGGGCCUUCUGUAGCUGACUGCACUCAGGAGGUGUGGCUAAAAGGAGUGCCCCCACAUCCCUCUGGUUAGCAUGUAGCAGGCUGUCCCUCCCUCCACCACUCCCGCUACCCCCCCUUAGAGCUCUUUGCUUAAUGGAGUUGGAAGCCCAGUACUGGGUGUGCGUAUUUGUGUGUGUGUGUGUGUGUGUGUGUGUGUGUGUAAACCCCCCUUUCACCCAGCAAGGGCUAAUCCCCAAAUCCCCUUCACUUCUCACCACCUUCCAAGGCCAACUGAUCAACUCCUGGGGACUGCUUCAUGUGUAUGUGUGACUUCGUGUCCGCAGUCACACAUACACAUGUGUGACAGUAGCAGCUCCCUCUCUAGCAGCAGUCAUGCUAACUAAACGGUUGCUCUCUGCUUCUCAAACGCACUGUAUGUUCUUACUCUGGAUUUAUGAUUUCUCUUAAUUGUUCUUCAUGGGAUGAUGAUUUACUUCACACCUAGAAGGGUGUGUGUGAAGCAGCUUAAGCCGCUUCUGGUCAGACUGAACCAGUAUCAAGCUCAGUCACAAUACAUAUAUAGUCUUACUGUAGUCUGUCUGCAUUCCAAAUGACACUCUAUACCUUGUAGAUCAGGGUUUCCCAAACGCGAUCCUGGGGCCCCCAAUGGGUGCACGUUUAGAUUUUUCCCCAACACUACACAGCUGAUUCAAAGAAUCAAAGCUUGGAUGAUGAGUUGGUUAAUUUAAUUAUCUGUGUAGUGCUAGGGUGGGGGGCGGGGGACCGAGUUUGGGAGACCCUGUUGUAGAUGGCUCAAUAUGCCCUACUUUUUGACCAAUGGCCAGAGGUGGCUACUAAAGUAGUGCACUAUAUAGGUAAUUGGUGUCAUUUGAGAUGCAGACUUACUGUAAUCUUAUUCUUGCAUACAGCAUCUCCAGCAGACCUGGCUCUAGGUUCAGCUAAACAAGGUCCUGUGAAGCAGAGCAGCUUGGGAGUGAGAUUGGUCAGGGUUUGGGGUGUCAAUUGCAUGCUGGUUGGUUGGGGGGAGGUCUAUCUGAUUGGAGCAUCACGAUUGGUUCUCAGACUGAAGGCUCUAAUGACUAAUAAACAGAAAUUACUCAAACUCUGGUCUGUGUCCUCAU